UAAUAUUGCUUACGUUAUUAUUUGCGUUUUUGUAGCUUGUGGUCCUUCAGUUAGAAACUUAUUUCAUUUUUAAGUUCGAAAUACUUUUUCACCCAUACAAGGAACAUAUAGAUAUUGAUCCAAAGUAAUAUAAGUUAUUGGAUCUACUUUGUAUGACACCUGAAUGAGUGUACGGACGCCAUUUUCUGUAUUGGUGGUGUGAAUAUUUGGAGUUACGAAGAGCCGUUAGUAAAUUACUUGCAACUGAAUAAAGGCUUUUUUCGUCUGAGGAUAACGCAUAUAUAAUAGUAUCUGGAAAAUCUACAGUUUCUGUUGUUUGCAGGGGUUUAGCAUAACUCCCGUGUCAAAAUGAGUUACCAGAUGCAGCCUCAACAAGCCAGGCCAAUUUCUCAUGGCAACUACCAGGGCCCUGGAGACCUGCCAAUGGGAUCAGCCAAGGAGCAGACACUUAUGUGGCAGCAGAAUUCGUAUCUGGGAGAUUCUGGAAUUCAUUCCGGUGCCACGACACAGGCUCCAUCACUCACUGGCAAAGAGGAAGAUAUGGAGUCAGAACAGCUCAUGUUCGAUCUUGACCAAGGAUUCACACAGGGUUUUACACAGGACCAAGUGGAUGAGAUGAACCAACAGCUGAGCCAGACACGCUCACAACGUGUGCGGGCUGCCAUGUUUCCUGAGACAUUGGAGGAAGGAAUUGAGAUCCCAUCAACUCAGUUUGACCCAGCUCAGCCCACUGCUGUUCAGAGACUAGCUGAACCAAGUCAGAUGCUGAAACAUGCUGUUGUAAACCUCAUCAAUUACCAGGAUGAUGCUGAUUUAGCCACUCGAGCAAUACCAGAACUCAUAAAACUUCUGAAUGAUGAGGAUCAGGUGGUAGUAUCACAAGCUGCUAUGAUGGUGCACCAACUAUCCAAGAAAGAAGCCUCCAGACAUGCCAUAAUGAACAGCCCCCAAAUGGUUGCGGCUUUGGUUCGAGCAAUCUCCAAUAGCAAUGAUCUGGAGUCUACUAAAGCAGCUGUUGGAACUCUUCACAAUUUGUCACACCAUAGACAAGGCUUGCUGGCCAUAUUCAAGAGUGGUGGUAUUCCAGCAUUGGUGAAGCUGCUCAGCUCUCCUGUGGAAUCUGUGCUGUUCUAUGCCAUCACUACACUCCACAAUCUACUACUUCAUCAGGAAGGCUCCAAAAUGGCUGUCAGACUUGCUGGGGGCUUGCAGAAAAUGGUGGCUCUGCUACAGCGUAAUAAUGUCAAGUUUCUGGCCAUUGUGACAGACUGCCUACAGAUCUUAGCAUAUGGAAACCAAGAGAGCAAGCUGAUUAUUCUGGCAUCACAAGGACCAGUAGAACUUGUUCGAAUCAUGCGGUCUUAUGACUAUGAGAAGUUGCUCUGGACAACGUCACGCGUAUUGAAAGUUCUGUCUGUCUGCUCAAGCAAUAAGCCAGCUAUUGUAGAAGCUGGAGGAAUGCAGGCAUUGGCUAUGCAUCUUGGUCAUCCAAGUCAACGCUUGGUUCAGAAUUGCCUGUGGACCCUGAGAAACUUGUCAGAUGCAGGAACCAAAGUGGAUGGCCUUGAAGGCCUACUACAGAGCUUGGUUCAGCUUUUGGUAUCCACUGAUGUUAAUGUUGUGACAUGUGCUGCUGGCAUUCUCUCAAACCUGACAUGCAACAACCAACGCAAUAAAGUAACAGUAUGCCAAGUGGGUGGCGUAGAUGCUUUGGUGCGUACCAUCUGCAAUGCAGGGGAACGAGAAGAGAUAACAGAACCUGCUGUUUGUGCCCUGCGCCAUUUGACAUCACGACAUGUUGAAUCAGAGAUGGCACAGAAUGGUGUACGUCUGAACUAUGGCAUGCAGGUGAUUGUAAAGCUGCUGCAAGCCCCGUCCCGAUGGCCACUGGUGAAAGCAGUGAUAGGAUUGAUCAGAAAUCUGGCCCUGUGCCCAGCAAAUCAUGCACCAUUGCGUGAACAUGGAGCUAUCCACCACCUUGUUCGUCUUCUCACGAGGGCCUUCCAUGACACACAGAAGAGGUCUUCAGUUGCUAGCAGUGGCAGCCAGCAGCCCGGAGCGUAUGCUGAUGGCGUGAGGAUGGAGGAGAUAGUGGAAGGAACUGUUGGAGCUUUGCAUAUCUUGGCCAGGGAAUCAAACAACCGGGCUAUCAUCAGGGGACUGCUGGUGAUCCCAAUAUUUGUGCAGUUACUUUUUAAUGAUAUAGAAAAUAUACAGCGAGUGGCUGCUGGAGUGUUGUGUGAGUUGGCUGCUGACAAAGAAGGUGCUGAGAUGAUUGAGCAGGAAGGAGCCACAGCCCCAUUGACAGAGUUGCUACAUUCACACAAUGAAGGAGUUGCAACAUAUGCUGCAGCUGUGUUAUUCCGAAUGUCAGAAGAUAAGCCACAGGAUUACAAGAAGAGGUUAUCCAUGGAAUUAACCAAUUCUCUUUUCCGUGAAGACCAGAAUCUGUGGAAUGGAGGUGAUCUUGGGAUGGGUCCAGAUUUACAGGAUAUGCUUGGCCCUGACCAGGGGUAUGAUGGUAUGUAUGGGCAGGGACCACCUAGUGUACAUAGCAGUCAUGGCGGCAGGCCUUACCAGCAGCAAGGUUAUGACCAGAUACCAAUAGAUUCUAUGCAAGGCUUGGAGAUUGGUUCUCAUCAUGGAGCGGGUGGUGCAGGGGGCUCCACAUAUGGACCCAUGGAUGCCAUGGAUGUGGGUGGACCAGAUUCCUCUGACCUCAACUUUGACCAUCUUGAUGAGCUGCCUCAGCCCCCGCAAGACAACAAUCAGGUGGCAGCUUGGUAUGACACUGAUCUGUAGUAGUUUGGUUAACUCUUGCCAUCUGUGGCUGAACAUUGGAUGCACCAUUUUGUGGCUGAUCAGUUGAGAGACCAUGGAUUUGCAGCAGGCAUUUAGGCAUGAUUAUAGUGCUUAAUAAAAAUAUGAGAAUACAGUAGCAGAUAGAAGUGUAUGGAAGUGUUAUUAUUUUGCCCUACCUAUUAUGGUUAUACAGGUCACAUAUUCCGCCAUGAUAGGUAGCUAAAUUGGUGUGUUGAUUGCUUAGUGUGACUGUAUGCCUAGUCUGGUUGGGGGGGUGUCCAAAAUUAAACACCACAUUCCCUGAAUAAAUGUUGAUCCGGAUUAUGUAAAGGGUUGAUAUCAUAUGCCAUUGUCCAAAUCUAAAAUUAGUUCAUUUGUUUUGCUGUUACUGGGCUAAAGUUCUGCAUAUUCUUAUUGGUUGAAAAGUAUUUGUGCAUUAUUGCAUGCUCCUAAAAUGACAUUCUCAAACAUAUAACAAAAAUGUUGAGCAAUUUAUAAUCCCCUUCGCCACAAGGAACCUUUUCCUGUAAAAAGUAGGUUUGUUCACCUGAAGGUUAAACACUUCUUGUAGUAUCUGGCUGUUUCCCAGCAGAAUGCAGCUUAGUACACACAUACAGAAUCACACCUAAUUCUGCUGUAGUCUCUCCUGUAAAUGUAAUGUAAAAUUGAGUAUUUGAUAUAAGACAAAAUUUGGUAACCUUGAGUUUACCCGUUAGUCUCCAACUGUGAAUGUAUUUUACUGUUCGAGCAUAGUUCAAAGUGUUUUUGUUUUGUGUACACCCUACAAAACUUGGCUUGAGGUGCAGGAUGACAUUUUUAACUGUAAUCAAUCAUGUCAUUUUAUAUUAUUUGAGGUUUCCUUUUGUUGGAGGCGUGAUGAUAUGGUGUAAGAAAAUUAAUAUGAUGAUUUUGAAAUUAUAGAAGACUGGGUGAGCCUGUACUUAUGUAUCAGUACUGCCACUUAUCAAAAUCAAAUUUCUCACAAUGACUUUGCCGUUCUUGUGAUGGUAUCCACUUGUUGAUCCUCCAGGGUUCAUCAUGCUCACUAGCUCUAGUUAUGUUGGUAUGAACUGAUUUUCUGUCUCAGGGUUGUUUUAGGCCUUGCUUGGGCAGGCAAAGAUGAACACCAUGAAGUCAUUAUUUAUUGCAUUAAUCUUGCACACUUAUGCCAUCACCUGCAUGAUUUUUCAUUUUCUUAUAAAGUCAUUGUUUUCAUUCUAAUACUUUUAAAUUUUGUAAGGCAAUAUUCAUGUCUGUCUGAUUUACAAGCAUCUUAAAGCUACUUCUUCACAGAUAUGAAGUGUGCACAUUUGUACACAGUGGGAACCUAUACCCAAUUGAGUUGGCACUUGUACUGUUAUGACGCUAUAAGAAUUUAGAUUGUGUUUGUUUACAAAAUUUGACUUCUGUUUUGUUUUCAUUUUAAAUUUGGAACUGUCUUUAAUUUUUAUACUAGUCAAUUAUUUACGCCCUCUAAUACAAUUGGCUGUCAGUUUGCUGUCAUGCCAUGCCAAGGCAUUAAUUCUAUAUAUGGUCUGACAUUGUCAGCUUGAAACACGCGUUUUUAACACUUGCACAUUAAAGUGCUUUACUGCUGCGGCGGAAGUAAAGGUUCUAAGAAAACCUCUUUAUCUCUGGUGGCAAAGACAUGCUAAUUAUGUUUCUCAUACUAGGGAGCUCUAUUAAUCAACAAAAAAUAUGAAUUCUUAAAAUUGAAUUGAACUCUAAUUAAUUGAUUACUAUAUAAAUUAGAUACACCCAUAUGCUUGAAUGAUUACAAGAUGUGUCCUGGAUUUACAAUUAUCUCUUUCAUUGAGCUUUUCUGCUGUGGGUAAAUCAGUCUUGAGUGUUCCCCCUAAUUUCUUCUAUCUGUUGCAAUGCCACAUUAUUAUUGUGUUCAAGUUGUAGUGCUUUAGCCCUUUCACAUGGGAGCGUUUAAGUUUCAGCCCCUAACAUGGUGAGGUGGGAGUUCCCAUGGAUUUAAUUCAUACACAUCAGAUAACACUGGCUCCUAAGCUGGUAAUAACUGUAAAUUUUUUGUCAUGAGAAUCAAACUUCGUGUUUUAAGCGUAAGAAAAAGCAUUUACUCGAAACAUCUUUGGUAUUCACAUUUGAUAAAUGUUUCAUAGCCAAUGAAAUGCCUGCUAAUAGCUGAUUUACAGUCUGCAUUUCCAAGACCCAAGAAAACUCAAUAAAUCCCAUUAAACCUCACUCAGACUUUAGCCUAGACUUUCAUCUCAAAGUAUAUGUGAGCAGAAUUCAUGUGUAAGAUUUGAAGCUUUCACAGUGAAUAAAUGCGGUAAAAUUUUGACAGGUGAUCAGCUGUAUCAAUGUUGAAAUAAAAACAGUGCUUCAGAGAUCUCAGUCUCCAUCAUCAGGGUCUGUGUGGUGAAUGACUGUAUAUUGCUGAUAUUUGUAUCAGUUUGUCAAAUCGAUGCCCCUUCCUUCUGGGCGGAGUAAAACUGUGCGGUCACCCAUCCAACUCUAGCCUUUCACAGUGCUGCGUAACCUGGUGCUUUGAUAAGUCAGUCCUUGUAGCAAGAUGUUUUGGCUGGUACUUCAGUCUCAUGGAAUCAUGCUACCGGAUCAAGUUCUAUGAGAUGAAGUACUAGCCGGAAUGUCAGGCUACAUGGGAUUUAUAAAAGAAGUAACAGAAAUGAAAUUACUCCCAGACAGUAUAAGGAGAGAAGCAGGGUUCAUACUCAGCAAAGCAUGGAAUCCCAGCACCAGUUUAUUAUCACAUUCAUUCAUUCAUCUGUAAUCUGUCAAGACGACAGGUCCACAGUCUCUUCCAAAACAGUUCCUCCACUUGAUGUGAUCUAGAGCUUUCUCCUUCAGAUGAAAAUAUCCUCUUCUGUCCCCAAGGACAUCCAGAAUCUUCUUCCGUCUUCUUCUUCAUCUUCUGGUCACUUCUAUCUGCCCCUC